AUGGAUGCAUUCCCUGCUGCAGGCGUGAAUGCCUUUACCAGGAUAAGACAUCGAAUUUGCAGUCUACCAACAGCUCUGAUCCUUCUUUGGGCAAUUGUCUUGAUCUGGGGAGAACGACUGGUCUUUCAGCAUCGGAUUGACGAGUGUCAAUGGCAGCGCUGGGAAACUUGGCCCACUCAGGCGCAGCCUCAUCAUGUUCUGCUGGUCGCUGAUCCUCAGCUCGUCGAUCCUCAUACCUACCCAGGUCGCCCAUGGCCGCUGUCGACCCUGACCGUUCUCUACACUGAUCUCUACCUUCGGCGUUCCUAUAAAGCCCUCCAGCAAUCCUUGCGCCCCGAUGCCACCAUAUUUUUGGGCGAUCUCUUCGAUGGCGGCCGAGAAUGGGGAACUUCGCAGUACUCCUCGCCGGAAGAGCGCUAUAAAAAGUAUGGAUCAGGAUUCUGGUUGAAAGAAUACAUUCGCUUUUCAAACCUCUUUCUUCGCUCUUGGACCAAUGCUGGCGUGGCCGCAAGUAGAUCUGAACCUGCAGGCCGUCGAAUAAUUGCCUCGCUGCCCGGAAAUCAUGACUUGGGCUUCGCAGCCGGGAUCCAACCCGCGGUCAAAGAUCGUUUUGACGCGUACUUUGGUCCCUUGAACCGCAUCGAUGUGAUCGGAAACCACUCAUUUGUCUCCCUGGAUACUGUCUCUCUGAGUGCCAUGGAUCAGGUCGACCCGGAAACUGGAAGCUCAGGCGCGGGCGAUGGGAGUGCGCUGGCAACAGGAACCAGCAAAAUCUGGAAGCCGGUGGAGGAGUUUCUCCAAAGUGCCCAGCAUACCCGGGCGCAUGCAAUCCGGCAUACUUGUAAAACGCAGUUCAACUGGAACAAUCCCGUAGGAGAUUCAUUGUUCUCCCCUGAAUUAAAAGAAUUCGGACCCGUCCACUCUUCUACACAUCCAAUUCUCGACAAAAAGGAAACCCCAGCUCCCCCUCGCCAUGAAAUCUCUUCAGCGAGCUUCCCAACCAUCGUUCUCUCACACGUUCCUCUGUUCCGCUCAGGGACCACAUCAUGCGGACCCAUGCGAGAAAGAGGACCUUCAAUACCUCUCCAGGCAGGCUACCAAUACCAAAAUGUGCUCACGCCAUUGAUCUCUCAAGAUAUAGUUAAACAUCUACAGCAGGAGGAGGUGGUUCAGAUAUACUCCGGGGACGACCACGACUACUGCGAGAUUGAGCACAGUGAAUUCACCGGUAGACCAAAGGAGAUUACAGUGAAGAGCAUGAGUUGGGCCAUGGGCAUCCGAGUGCCUGGUGUCCAACUGGUGAGUCUGUGGAAUCCAGUUGAUUGUGAGGCCGUCAUGUCACCCAGUGCUUCCAUGGCAGAUACCAUCACUCCCAGAGACACGGUUCAAAACAAAUUGUGCCUCCUCCCGAACCAAUUGGGUAUCUUUAUCCGAUACGCCCAGACGUUUGGCUUGAUGCUGGUCAUUCUGAUAAUCUUCACCAUCCGCCACGAUCCAAAUGUAGCGACCCAACAGCAAUUCUCUUACCAGCGCGAGAAGUCCGAACCUCUUCUCCCCCUCUCAAACAACCACCACCACCAUCACCUACACACCUCCUCCACAUCCUGCGUCCACAACGAGAACACCCACCGCCUCUCCACCCGCAAGCUAGGCGGCUACGGCCAACUUCCCAGCUCAUCACGCACAUCCUCCCCCUCGAAACCACCAUACCAGGACGACGAGGACGACGGGGACAAAGGGUACCGGGGCCCAACACCGCGACGGAGGACGAUAUCCUCGUCGUCAAGGCCGUCAAGGCCUCACACACGCCUGCGGUAUUUCGGUCGGAAUCUAUGGCAGUCUGCAUGGCCUGUGCUGCUGCUGUACUUCUGGCUGAUCUGGCGAAGCUGA